ACAAACAAUUCAUGAGCAAUUGUGACAUACGCGACUUCGUGACCGAGAGCUGGACCAGCUCCCCUAACACAACGCCAUCAUGUCCGCUGGCGCUAACAUGGCGAUCUUCCGCGCCUACGCGCAAAAGUCUAAUCCUGAUAGUCUCCCUUCCUCAGUUCUUCUCUCACAUUCCGAGACGUGUUUGACAGUUUUUGACGCAUUUCCGAAAUCCAUUUUCCAUUUUCUCGUUAUACCUCGUGUCAGGCUACCUUUCGAUGUGUACCAGCUCGCUGAUCUACGUUCGUUACUCAAAUGCGAGAAAAACAGCGCCAAGGAGCUCCUCACGAAUUUAAAUCAGGAAGCGGACAAUGUCAAGAAAAUGAUUGAAAGCGAGAUGCUCAAGAAAUACGGAUUCAAGUGGGAAAUAUGGAUGGGCUUCCACGCGGUACCUAGCAUGCAACACCUCCACCUCCACAUACUUUCUGCUGACCUAUGUUCUCCGCGAAUGAAGUUGAAGAAGCACUACAAUUCCUUUCAUCCAAAGCUCGGCUUUUUCAUCCAUCUGAGCGAUGUUCUUUCUUGGUUCGAAUCAGACUCAUCGUACUAUAAAACAAUUUCUCAGCUCAAGAAGAGCGAGUAUGAACCUUUACUCAAGGAAGAUCUUUCUUGCUGGAAAUGCGAUCGCAACCUGUCGAACAUGCCUAAAUUGAAAUCACACUUGCAGGAGGAUUUCGACAAACUGUCCGAUCAAGAGAAGGCAAAGGCAGAAAGAAAGAGGAAACGUGUCGACGAUCCUGCAAAAACAUCUUCCCUACAAACGUCUUCAAACGAUGAGUUGGUUCGUGAGAGCGAGGAGUGAGGACUCCAUAGUGACAACUAAGCCGCACUCUUGUGUGCCAUACAGUGAGCUUGGUUCGGUCAUUAACUUGAGGCACUUCAUAUCAGAUGUUUCCCGUAACUCUAUUUUCAUGAUUUUCCGAUUU